UGAUCACAUGACGUUUCUUGUUUAAAAUUUGUGCACGAAUCUUAAAAAAAAUAUUUCUUUUCAAAGAAAUAAUGAGGUAUCGCAAGCUAAUGAUAUAGUUGCCAAAUCUAUAAUACACAAAUUGCGAAACUAUAUGAUAUUCAACUAUUAUGCCAUAUAGUAAUCGUAAAUGGUGUUGCAAAAGAAUUUUAUGCUAUUACCAAAGUGUUAUAACAUUAAGUAAGUGCUGAAAAUGCGUUCUCAUUCUGACGAGGAAGAGGAUAAACCGUGCAGAGCGUGUUCGGACUUCAAAAGUUGGGCGAAAAUGCAACAUAAAACGAAAAGUAGUUCCCCAAACCAACCGACACAACAUAAAGAUUGUCCAUUGGACAAGGAUGAGCUAGGACGGUCAACUUGGGGCUUCCUACACUCUAUGGCUUCAUACUUUCCCGAGAAGCCCACAAUGCUACAGUGUGCAGACAUGACAAAGUUCUUUAAUAUUUUUGCACAGUUCUAUCCAUGUGAACCCUGUGCAUUGGACUUUCAGGAAGAUAUCAAAAAGAACCCACCAAAGACAAAAUCGAGAGAUGAACUAGCAAAAUGGUUGUGUGAGAGACAUAACACAGUCAAUGUUAAACUUGGCAAGCCAGAGUUUGAUUGCACCAAAGUGCAUGAACGGUGGAGAGAUGGCUGGCUUGAUGGAUCCUGUGAUUAACAGAUACUAUGUCACAGUAAAAAUGUUGUCAUUUGAAUGCAGUGGCACUAGGUCAACACAAAUAUUGAGUAUUUCCUGUUGUCACCCCAAGGAUUGCCCUGUUGUAUAAAUAAAUAAUAUCUGUCAGUUGUCCCCACUGAAAAUCCAUUGCGAGAGCAGUGGCAAUAAUUUUAAAAAGUUGUUACCUUGGGAAUCAUUAUCACCCAAUUACUGGCUCACUAUUGGGCUCCCUUCAAGUGUUUGUGUGUAUAUAUUCGCGUUAUGUAUAUAUGCAGGUUUUCUUCACAUAUAUAAACAGGACAAGAAAGUAUAAUAAUAAACUGAAUUGCUGUAUUAGAAUUCAACUAAAAUUUUUAAAUAUACACUUGCCUGGAGUAACUGAGCUAUUCUAAAACAAUCAGCAGGGCAAGCACAGGGCAGACACAGACAUUAUAUACCCCAAUUUUACCCCCUGACAAGGGUGUUUAUUAUAAAACAUAUAUUAUUUGGAUAUUAUUUCCACUGAUGCUCUGAGAGUUGAUACAGCUGUGGGAGAAGAUAUAUUUUUAUCCUUUCCCCGGGGAGAUAAUCGUCUCCUGCCCAUGCUAGCCAUGCUGCGCUAAAGAAGCUCUCGUGCGUUUGUCUUAGCGCGAGAAAAUUCUAAUAUUCAUUUUAGCAAUUUUGGAAAGUCAAGUAUGUAUGUUUGUAGCGACUUUACCAUCAGUUCAAAAGCAGGUUCUACCGAUAAGGAGUGGCUGCUCUUUUUCAACAUCAACAUGUACAAUCAUCUUGCGGGAGAUGAGAGCGAAGCUGUUCGUGAAGCUAACUUGUCAUUAAGAAAUUUAUCACUUGUAUUGUAACCUUGCUGUAAUAAAUGUGUUUUGACAUACCGUUUUAACUCGACAAAACAAACUUGCAUUCGAAGGUCCUUUUCCAAUUAUCCUUGGAAUAAUGUUCUAAAAAAUUUACCCAAACCCUAAACCUUUAUGACGUAAAACAGGUCUUAUUUAACCAAAUAGCUAUUUACACAUACUCUUUUCCGGAGUAAAAGUUUCAGCUUUUUUAUGGUAAAAUUAAUAAGUAACAUUUUUACUGUGAAUUUAUAAAUACAUACGAAGUGUUUUGUAAGAUAUAUAUAAAUAGUGUUUGACUAUUGUUCUUUGUAUAAAGGUGAUAAUGUACAGCAUUAAACUAUUA